AUGACUAAUUCAAGUCAAGUAAAUGCUGGAACAAUAAGUGCUGCAACAACAUUGGUUGCACACAAUCGUUCAACUGUUGCCCCAGCACCGGCUGAGAAACCUGCAAAGUUUUCUGGAGUCGACUUCAAGAGAUGGCAACAGAAGAUUAAUGUCAAAACCUCAAAAGAACUCUGGGAUGCUUUAGAAAAGAAGUACAAAAUAGAGGAUGCCGGAAUGAAGAAGUUCAUUGUGGCAAAGUUUCUGGACUACAAGAUGAUAGACAGUAAGACCGUUGUCACCCAAAUUCAAGAAUUGCAGGUCAUAAUUCAUGAUCUCCUUGCUGAAGGCUUCAAAAACUACUUGAAACAUAAACGCAAGGAGAUGAAUGUUGAAGAUCUCAUGAAAAGAAAGAAAUCAUCUGGCCCAAAGAGCAAUCCUCCUAAGAAGAAAUUCAAUGGAAGCUGCUUCAAUUGUGGCAAACGUGGUCAUAGGGCUACUGAAUGUCGGGGUCUCAAGAAGGACAAGAAUGAUCAAGCAAAUUUUGUUGAAUCCAAAGGAGAGACGGACGCUCUUUGUGCAAUGCUUUCAGAAUGCAACUUGGUUGGAAAUCCAAGAGAAUGGUGGAUAGAUUUUGGUGCCUCAUGCCAUGUUUGUGCCAACAAAGAAUUAUUUUCAUCAUAUACUCCAGCAUCUACAGACGAGAAGUUGUUUAUGGCAAACUCUGUUGUUGCAAAGGUGGAAUGA